GCCGGUGCGGGGCGCGUGCCCCCUGGCGGGGGCGGCGGCGCCCCAAAUGGAUUACGGCGCGCGGGGCGGCGGUCGACUGAUUCCGGCGGGAGAGAGGAGGAGGCCGUUCUCGUUGGCGUCGUCGCCACCGUCGUUCCCGUUCUUCCUCAUCGAGUCCCUGCCAUAUCUACUCCGUCUACAAUCUUUGGCGAUUGGGUUUUGAGGGAAGGAAGGUGAUUGGAUCGAAAUUUAUGAUUCAUAGGAUUUAUAUAUUGAUGAUCGCACAUCCUGAUAUGUUUGCAACCCAGUGAAUUUCGUUGAGCACUAUACUUGUGUUGACUGUGAUUGGGCAAAUUCUGCAUUAGAAUUUUGCUGAUAAAAUUGGACAUCAAUUGGCUGCAAAUUAUGGAGCACCUCCCGGUAGAAGUUAUUGGCAACAUCCUUGCACAUCUUAGUGCUGCACGAGAUGUCAUGGUUUCCUCUGCGGUUUGCCGGAAGUGGCGGGAGGCCUGCAGGAAGCAUCUCCAUUCACUGUCCUUCAAUUCAGACGACUUUCCUCGGGACAUGACCACACGUCAACUGGAGAUCAUCAUCACACAGACUAUAUUUCAGACGAUGGGACUGCAAUGCCUCUCUAUUCACAUAGAUAACACACAUGAGUUCUCUGCAGCACCUGUGAUUGCAUGGCUAAUGUAUACCAGGGAGACGCUCCGGUGCCUGUAUUACAACAUCCAAACCAACCCUAAUGUAAACAUCCUGGAGAAGUGUGGGAGACAGAAGCUGGAGGUGUUGGAUUUGGACCAUAACACAAUCACCGGUGUUGAACCAAGCUACCAGAGGUUCACUUGUCUUAAAUCCCUUUAUUUGAGGCAUGUGAGCAUUUCUGCCCUGGAUUUGAGCCUUCUAGUUGCUGCUUGCCCCAAGAUCGAGUCACUAGCACUUGAUGUCCUUGAGAUUGUCACUUCUGAUUCGCAGUCUACAAUGGAAUUAACAAGUCAUACCUUGAAAAGCAUCUUCGUAAAAACAGUUGGCGUGGAUAAGAUCAUACUCGAUGCAGAUAAUCUGGAGGUCCUGCACCUGAAUGCUUUGAACCUUGAUCUGUUUGAGCUCUCUGGGAAGGGUACACUAAAGCAUCUCAAGAUUGAUGACGUGAGUGUUACACAUUUGGAUAUUGGGGAGAGUACAGAUCAUCUGGAGGUUGUGGAUGUGAGUAACUUUAUGAUAGUCUGGCCAAAGUUCUACAAUAUGAUAUCUAGAGCAUGCAACUUGCGGAUGCUACGUUUCUGGGGUGUUGCGUUUGAUGAUGAUGAUGAGAUUGUGGACUUGGAGACUGUUGCUGUUGCAUUUCCUCUUCUAAGGCAUCUUUCACUAAGUUAUGAAUUACGAGAUGGGCUACUGCAAGGAUUGUCACCACUGGAGAAUGUUUCGGUUCUGGAACUUGGUUGGACAGUAAUAAGUGAGCAUUUUGGACCCUGGGUGUUUGGAAUGAUUGAAAGGUGUCCAAAUCUCAAGAAACUUGUCAUUCAUGGUGUUCUUUCUGAGGCAAAAACACGCGAAGAGCGCAAGAUGUUGGCAACCUUUACCUCUUUUAUUGUUUGUCUCAUGAGAAAGUAUGUGCAUGUGGAUGUGCAAUUUGAGUAUGAGUGAUCAGCCACUAGGUCGAGUGGGCAUUCAUUAUCCUUGUUCAGUGCAACUCUUGCAAUCAGCUUUGCUUCUGAUCCUACUUCAUGACGAGCAUAUAUUUAUAUAAUUGGCAGCUGCUGUACCACCGGACAUGGUUAAAGAAAGCUUGAGACCACCUAUUCACAGAAUUGCAGAUUCCUGUAUUUGCCCAUCGCAUUAUAGCACGGACGGCAGAACGAGAUGCGAUUCCUUUUUCUGAGAAACCCUCUCCCUCUCCCCUGCUUCAUUUGUUCAGCUGUAGUGGAAUGAUUCAGUUGAGAUUUAAGUGCACAUCAUGUCAAACAUCUAUUGGAUAUUCAUGAGAUUAGAAUUCGGUUCGAGAUUCUCUUGAUAUGUGCUGCCAGAGUGCAAGUUUUUGUAAACUAUACCAUUAAAAGCUUACAGUUGCAUGCCCUUA